AUGUGCUCUGAUCUUCGUUUAACUAAUACAGUUUUUGUAGUUGGUAUUUUCCAUGGAUAUGAAAAACCAAAGUCUUUAAAUGAAUUUCUGGAAGAGUUCAUUUCUGAAUUAAUCCCACUAGUUAAUGAAGGACUAACUACAUCAGAAGGAGAAGUAAUUUGUGUUAACUUAGUAGCUUUAAUAUGCGAUGUACCGGCAAAAUCAUUUGUACUUCUUUUUAAGUCAAACAACGGAUAUAAUAGCUGCUCAAAAUGUAUAAUUACUGGUACAUACAUAAGAACUAAUGGUAUUCAUGGUACAGUUUGUUUUCCAUCACCAAACGAAGAAGAUGAGUUUAUUCUGAAAUGUGACACAUUGUUUGGUGAAAAUUAUUACAAAGACUGUCAGAAUGGUGUAUCAAUUCUAAACAGUGUGCCAAAUUUUGGUUUAAUUUCGGGUACCCCUCUUGAUUACAUGCACCUUGUUUGCAUUGGAGUUGUAAAAAAAAUUGGUAACUUUAUGGCUUGA